ACUUCCUUCCGUUCGUGUACAACCUACUCUGAGGCUGCUAGUGCACUCUUUACUCAUAUAUUAGCAGGGUAGAACUUACUGUUGCGGAGUGGGCGGUAUGUUUUAUUGUUAUGCUAAUGAGAGGACUCGAUUUUAACGUGUUUAUCUAAUUUAGCAGGUCUUAUUCGUUUUUAGUUCUGUUAAUACUGACCAUUGUAGUUGUGAUAAGCUGUCAUGCUAGCCAAAUACAUAACGGUUAUAGCUAGCUAGCUAGUAAGCAAUGCUAGGUUCAUAUCAGAAACACAGCAUUAGUCAUUUAGUAGGGAAGUAUCAGGAUUUAUUUUUUUUUUUUUAAUAUAGACUCGAUCUGGCUAACUUGUUAAAGUGUUUUUCUACUAGCUGGUUACGUAACUAGCAUCCUCGCUAACAAUUGGAUUCUCCUGGAAAUGGGCUGGAGCUUGAAGCAGUGCAGAUUAUUGGAGUUUACUGUCUCCUGAUCAAUAAUUUCUUCAUGUAGUCGCCCUCAUGUGCCCAUGGAGAAGGAGGCCUUCGAGGGAUGGCUGGAGUCGGUCUCCACCUCCUUCUUGGCAUUGAAUGACCAGCAACGCAAUCAGCUGCUGGACCACCUGAUCUCUCUGAGUGGUGCUGUUCAACUCCGGCACCUUUCCAAUGGACUGGAGACACUGCUGAAGCGUGACUUCCUGCGCCUCCUACCCUUGGAGCUAGCCUUCUACCUGCUGCGCUGGCUUGACCCUCAGACGCUGCUCACUUGCUGCCUGGUGUGCAAGCAAUGGAACAAAGUCGUCAACGCCUGCACAGAAGUGUGGCAGGGUGUGUGCAGAGACCUGGGCUGGCGAAUCGAUGACUCCAUCCAGGAUGCUGGUCACUGGAAACGUGUCUACCUUAAAGCCAAGCAUCGCAUGAAACAGUUGCGAGAGGAGGAUGCAUUUGAGACAAGCUCCUUAAUUGGACACAGCGCUCGGGUGUAUGCCUUGUACUACAAGGAUGGCCUCCUAUGCACAGGCUCUGAUGACCUGUCAGCCAAACUGUGGGAUGUUCGCACUGGUCAGUGUAUCUACGGCAUCCAGACACACACCUGUGCUACUGUAAAGUUUGAUGAGCAAAAACUAGUGACUGGGUCUUUUGAUAACACCAUUGCAUGCUGGGAGUGGAGUACAGGCGCCAAAAUCCAGCAGUUCCGUGGACACACUGGUGCAGUGUUCAGUGUAGACUACAAUGAUGAGCUGGACACCCUGGUCAGCGGUUCUGCAGACUAUACUGUCAAAGUGUGGGCUUUGUCAGCUGGAGCAUGUCUCAACACACUCACUGGGCACACCGAGUGGGUUACUAAGGUACUACUUCAGAAAAGCCAAGUGGAGUCCAUGAUGCACAGUCCUGGUGACUACAUCUUGCUGAGUGCAGAUAAAUAUGAAAUCAAGGCCAUCUCUCUCUACUCAAAACAGGUGUGGCCUAUAGGGCGAGAGAUCAACUGUAAGUGCUUAAAGACUCUGUCCGUGUCUGAGGAUCGCAGUGUGUGUCUACAGCCCCGUCUACAGUUUGAUGGCCGCUACAUUGUCUGCAGUUCAGACCUUGGUGUCUACCAGUGGGACUUUGCCAGCUUUGAUGUGCUAAGAGUUAUCAAACCACAGCAAGACCCAUCCAGUCCCUCCCUUCUCAGCUUUGGUGAGGUGUUUGCUUUACUGUUUGACAACCAUCACUUGUAUGUAAUGGACCUGAGGACUGAAGCCAUCACAGGGCGCUGGCCAUUGCCAGCCUACCGCAAAUCCAAAAGAGGCUCCAGCUUCCUGCCAGGCAUCACCUCAUGGCUCAAUGGCUUUGAUGGCAAAAAUGAUGCAGGCCUGGUGUUUGCCACCAGCAUGCCGGACCAUAGCAUUCAUCUGGUUCUGUGGAAGGAGAAUGGCUAAAGAGAGAAAUGAGCAUGCUCCAGCUUUAUUUGACAACAGGGAUGUUAAACAAAAAAAGGGUGCUCUUGAUUUUUCAAAAACCUGCAGCUUAGAUAUCGCAUGGACCAAAGUCUGUCCAUCUUUAUUUCCUCUUCUCAGUUUCUGCUGUUUGCUUUUAGGUUUAAAAACAAACUGGCUCUUUCUUUUGGUCAAGUAAAAAGCGUUCUUGCACAUUCUUACAUGUAAUUUGUGCAGUGUGUGGAUAUAAUAUGGGUAGCAGGUAACCUUAAAGAAGUUCACUGGCUGGAACCUCUUUUUGUUCUGAUCAUUACAUAAAAGUGAAAGCAACUGUAAAUCAAGCACUUAACUGAACAGUAACAUCCUGCUACAGCACAAUCAUCCAAAUUCAUGAAAACCAUGAAAUUUUAUAAAAUACUUUGUGAACUUUUUUUUUUAUAAACCCAAGGUAUUUAGUUGAUGGAUCCUAAAUUUGUGUUCAGAAUACAGAAUAAGAUGAUUGAUUUAAUUUCUUGAGUUCCUUUUCAGAAGUAAGAAUUUUGCAGAGUGCUACACUCAUGCACUCUGGCAUGUCAUACAUGUGGUAUACACUUUCUUGUGUAAUACACUGCAGACUGUAUGUUUUGGUUUGUAUGACAGCCAUUAGGUUUUAUUAAUAUUGGCCCUUCAACUUUCACUUGAAAUUAGUCAUGUGCCUUUUUCCUUUACUUAAAUGCCUGCAGUUGUGUUGUGAAAGAUCUUGAAAUUCAUUAGUACAAUCCUUAUUGGAACAAAUGCCAGUAUGAAGUGUGUGUGUAUGAUAUAUAUAUCAUUUUUUUGUUUAGUUUUAUUAUUUUUAACCCAGUACAAACACCCCAGUAUCUACUCUUGCUGUUCUAAAAAGGUUAAUUCACUUCAAAAUGCUUCAUAUGAAUCUGUGAAUGUUAAUUUUUUUUAACUUAAUUUUUAAAGAGUAAUCAACUUCACUAGAAGGUUAAUAUUAUUUUAAACACAAUUCUGCAGGACUCAUAGAUGUACAGAAGUCUCACUCUUAACUUGCAUCAAAGUACAUGGAAAAACUUUCCUCUAAAACAUUUCUAUCUUUUUAGUAGCUGUUCUUGAGUCAGGCUUAAUAGUUGGUUUCAGUAGUGCUAGUCUUCUUAGAACAUCAGAGGAAACUUUUUUUUUUUUUGGCGCUUUUAGGGCAUUACCAGUGGAACCUCGGCUAUAACCGCCACAUUGCAUGGCUUGUCACGUCACUUCUUUAAAAUAUAGACCUCACUGUAACAUUCACUCAUGCCACUGUAGACCCAUAAUGCCAUCAAUUCACAAUUGGCAAAUUUCUGGUUUGUUGUGUAUAUAAUAUACUGUUUUGAAUAAAUAAAAAUAGCUAAGAGAA